CUCUUUGCUUUAUGACUCCUAAUCUCUAUCCCCAAGCUCUCCAACCUGGAGCGCCAUUUUCCUCUAUUCCACUCUAAUCAGAUCCCUGACCAUAGAAAGCAUGCUUCCUCUCUACUUUAUCGCCGUCUAGCCACCACGCCCUUGAUCUUUUUCUCUUUUCCCCCUAAAUCGUUUGAAAUCUUUCUAUCUAUCUACCUAUCCGUUUAUUUAUUUGUAUCCAGCCUCUUUCUGUUAUUGCUCUGUUCUCCUUUGGUUGUGUUGUAUCCGUUUUUAGUUUAAUGUAAGUAACAAAGCUUUUCUUUUAUUUAUUUAUUUGUAGAAGGAAGAGGAGAAAUGAAGAACUCGGUGUCGGAUCGAGACCUCUUCAUUGACAGCGAGGAGGAAGAAGACGAUGAGGUCGUCGACGAGGAGGAAGGGGGGAAGUAUCGAGCGCAGGAUGAGGAGGGUGACGAAUCGGACGGCUCAGAUUCGUCGAGCCCGCGGCACAGCAGCAGGCCUAGCUCCUACAACACCACAUGGCCCCAGAGCUACAGGCAAUCGAUGGACAUGUAUAGUAGUGUUACACCGCCGACUAUAGGGCUCUUGGGCACACCUACACUUGGCAGAUUGUCAAGUUCCUUCAUCACUUCCUCCUUCCGUGGGAAGCACACCCCAGAAAUCAUCACCUCACUCAUUAAACCCCUCUUGUCCACCUCCACAGUCGAUCAACAACAAGAAGGUGGAGAAGAAAGGAAGAGCUCUCAUUCACUGUUACUCCCUCCUCCAAUCCCAACACGGAGGCCAUCAGCAAAAAAGAUAAUCCGUGAUGAUCAUAAGCCUCACAAAGUCUCCCAUGAGUUGCCUGUCUCACAUCAAUGCUCCUAUGGACAAGCUGUGCUCAAUGGCAUAAAUGUUCUAUGUGGGGUUGGGAUCCUUUCGACGCCUUACGCCGUGAAGGAAGGUGGCUGGAUAGGACUCUCUAUACUGCUCAUAUUCGCAGUGCUUGCAUGGUACACUGGUAUUCUGCUGCGCUACUGUUUGGACAGCGAGCCGGGCCUGCAGACGUACCCAGAUAUUGGCCAGGCCGCAUUUGGCACCACUGGCCGGUUUGCUGUCUCUAUAAUACUUUACCUGGAACUCUAUGGUUGCUGUGUUGAGUACAUUAUACUAGAAAGUGAUAAUCUAUCUUCAUUGUUUCCCAACGCACACUUAGAUAUUGGUGGGCUGCAUCUAAAUUCUCAUCUACUCUUUGCCAUCAUGGCCGCUGCAAUCGUUCUCCCUACCACCUGGCUUCAAGAUCUCAGCAUUCUUAGUUACAUCUCAGCUGGAGGAGUUAUUGCAUCUUUGCUGGUGGUCUUUAGUUUGUUUUGGGUUGGGCUAGUGGAUCAAGUUGACUUUCAAAACGGGGGAACUUCACUAAAUCUCUCAGGGAUUCCAAUUGCUAUUGGGUUAUAUGGAUACUGCUACUCAGGCCAUGCAGUUUUUCCAAACAUAUAUUCCUCUCUAAAGAAACCUAACCAGUACCCAUCAGUUCUCUUCACUAGUUUUGCAAUUUGUACCGUGAUGUUUGCUGGAGCUGCUGUCAUGGGCUACAUCAUGUUUGGGGAUUCCACAUUAUCUCAGUUCACACUCAACAUGCCCCAUGAUCUGGUGAUGUCGAGGGUGGCUGUGUGGACUACGGUGGUGAAUCCGUUGACCAAAUAUGCAUUGACCCUGACUCCGAUGGCAUUGAGUUUGGAGGAGUUGAUACCAGCAAACCAUGUAAAAUCUCACAUGUAUGCCAUCAUCAUUAGAACAACUUUGGUGGUCUCCACCUUGCUUGUGGCACUUUCGGUCCCUUUUUUUGGUCUGGUGAUGUCUCUAAUUGGUUCCCUGCUCACCAUGCUUGUAACUUUGAUUCUUCCUUGUGCUUGCUUUUUGAGCAUUCUCAGGGGUAAAGUGGCCUGGACUCAGGUAUCAUUAUGCAUGUUCAUUAUCAUUGUAGGAGUCGUCUCCUGUGCCUUUGGCACAUUCUCAGCGAUAUCCAAGAUAAUUCAAAGUUUGAGUUGAUCUUUUGUUUAUCAUAUGAAGGUUGCACCUAAUGGCUUUCUAUUUUGUUAUAUUUGUUUAUCAUAUUUGUUUAUUUUUUGUUUUUCUUAUAAAUUAGGUCAGGGGAUCAUUAAUUGUAUUUUAGUUUGAAGAAAUAAAUUCUGAAAGAUUUCCUUGCCAAUAUGUACUGUUAUGUGAUCUCUAUGACUUUGAAUAAGGCAAGAUGUAUUUUGAAGAUUGGUCCUUCAAAUUUUACUCUAAUGAUGUAUUUUGCAUUAUGUCUUUUUGCU